UUGCUCACUCAUUCCGCGUUUUUCCUCAACUGAAGGAGGACGCGUGUAGUUUUUUUCUAGUAUAAAUUUACUCACAAAACCUGUUGGAAAGCUUCAAAGUUCAACAAAUUUUAGUUUAAACCGUGCAUUUCGUUCUUAAUAAGAAACCAACAACUCGAAAUGGCAGAUCAAUAUUCCGCCUACGGCCAGCAGGAUUACGGUGGCCAGAUGCAAUUUUCCGUUCCACCGCCAGCGUUUUCGCAGGCCAAUUUUAGCCAGCCCCCUCCGUUGUCUGGCGGUGGCUAUGGUGCGGCUGGCGCUGGUGCUGCUGCCGGAGGAUACGGCGGCGGUCAGCAGCAAAGUGCUACACCAGGCGGCGGCUAUGGGGGGCAAAAUGAUUAUAAAUCUAAUAACCGUGACGGCGGUUAUGGCGGUGGAAACCAUGGCAGCUAUGGUGGUGGCGGCGGUGGUCAGCAGGGCGGUGCCAGAGGUGGUAAUAAUCAAUCCGGAGGCUACAGCAGUGGCGCCGGCAACAAGGGUGGUUAUAAUAGCAAAGGUGAGGGUGAAAUGGUUACCCAGGAGGAUACCAUUUUCAUCCAGGGUAUGACGCCGGAGACAACAGAAGAUGAAAUUGCCGAUUUCUUCGGAGCCAUCGGUGUCAUCAAGAAAGACAAGCGAACCAUGAAGCCGAAGAUUUGGAUGUACAAGGACAAGGAGACGGGCCGUAUGAAGGGUGAAGCCACGGUUACGUACGAGGAUUCUAACGCUGCUCAAUCGGCAAUCGGUUGGUUUGAUAAUAAAGACUUCAACGGGGCUGUCGUAAAAGUGUCUUUGGCACAGCGUUAUAAUAACUGGCAGAACAAGGGCGGAAACCGUGGUGGAUUUAAUAAGGGAGGCGGUGGCGGCGGCGGUUUUGGUGGCAAUCGCGGCGGAAACGAUCGUGGAGGUGGCGGUUACGGUGGUGGUGGUGAUCGCGAUAGUGGUAAUGAUCGUGGUGGCUCUCGUGGAGGUCCAGGCGGAGCUGGUGGUCGAUUUGGUAGUGGGAGUGGUGGAGGCGGUGGCGGCGGUGGUGGUGGAGGUCAAGAAAGGGAAGGAGAUUGGACCUGCGGAGACUGUAGCAAUAAGAACUUUGCCUGGCGGAAUGAGUGUAAUCGGUGUAAGGCACCAAAGGGCGAUAGUGGCGGUUCUGGUGGUGGUGGAGGUUUUGGAAGUCGUGGAGGCGGUCGAGGCUCAUUUGGAGGUGGUCAACGCAAUAGUGGUGGUGGUGGUGAUCGAGGAGGUUUCGGAGGCCGAGGUGGUUCUCGAGGCGGUGGAGGCGGCGGUGGCGCUAUGCGUGGAGGUGAUCGUAACCGUGGAGAUCAGCGCUCGAGACCCUAUUAAAUAUGUGUUUGCGAUGAUUUUUUUUCGUAAGACUAAUACAGUCCGUCUUCGUAUCCAUCACUCAUCGAAACGUUUUUAUUCGACGGUUCCGCCGUAUAAUUUGUACAGUAAAGGUUCGAAUCUUAUACCAAUCACUUGACGACGGAAUGAGAAUUGGAAUGCCUGCACAUUUCGUAUAACUGAACCCUUCUAAAAUAAGGCUAUACAUCAAGGUAGUAUAGAGUAUAGUUAGCUUGUAGUAAGAUGUAUGCGUUUGUGGCGUGUACAUCAUUGAUACCGCCAGCAUUAGAACUAGACGUAAGGCACAAAACAAUAAAAAUCUUGUGCGAGCCAGCUUCUAACGCAAAACUAUGAAUGUCAAAUAAAUACAAAUAAAAUAUUGUGAAAAAAAUA